AUAAUAAACCACCUCUCCUUCAUCUUUGCGCCUCUCUCUAUCACUUUCUCUCUCUUCAAACUGCCUCUGUCGUUUAUCCUUCCAGCUCUCCCUCAUUUUCUCCUUCUGAAGCUCUUCGCCUCUGUCGAACAAUUCACGCACGUAACAAUUUCCUUAUAAUAUACUUGAAAUAUAGAAAUGUUCACGAGAAAUAUCGCAAAGUUCAAUCAAGCUUUGGGAUUUCAAAGAUCAUCUACCAAUAAACAAAAAUUGCAGCCUGGUAGUGGUCGCUCCAUAAGUAUGAGAGCAUCUAAUUUAAGUCAUUUCAUUGCUGGUGGACCUACUUCCAUAGACGAUGCCAGUUAUAACUCAUGGGUGGUGGAACACCCUUCUGCACUAGGUUCAUUUGAUCAGAUGAUGAGAGCAGCAAAGGGGAGGAAGAUUGCAGUGUUUUUAGAUUACGACGGUACUCUUGCACCUAUUGUAGAUAAUCCUGAUCUCGCCUUCAUGUCUGAUGAGAUGCGUUCAGCAGUACGGGAAGUUGCAAAGUAUUUUCCAACAGCUAUAAUCAGUGGUAGGAGCAGGGAAAAGGUAAAAGAAUUUGUACAGUUAAGUAAUGUAUACUAUGCAGGAAGCCAUGGCAUGGAUAUUAUGGCACCACGGAGGCCAGUCAAGUCUUGUGAUGGGAAGUACCACACCAUAGCCCUUGAUAAGAAGGGGAAUGAGGUUCUCUUUCAACCUGCUAAGAAAUUUUUGCCUGCAAUUCAAAAGGUACGAACAGCAUUGAGAGAGAAAGUCAUGAAAAUACAAGGUGCCAGGAUAGAGGACAACAGGUUUUGCAUCUCUGUACAUUUCCGACAGGUUAGAGAAGAGGAUUAUGGAAUUUUAGAGAAGACAGUGAAAUCUGUUCUUGAACAUUAUCCGGAAUUUCACUUAAGCUGGGGUAAAAAGGUUAUGGAAAUACGACCAUCGAUAGAGUGGGACAAAGGUCAUGCCCUAGAAUACUUACUUGAUACUCUUGGGCUAAGCAACUCCUCUGAUGUUCUCCCAGUGUACAUAGGAGAUGAUCGAACGGAUGAAGAUGCUUUCAAGGUAAUACAAGGAAGGGGCCAAGGCUACCCAAUAAUUGUAAGUUCCAGUCCAAAGGAAACUAAAGCUUCAUUCUCCCUUCAUGAUCCAUCGGAAGUGUUGACAUUCUUGUUACGUCUAGCAAGGUGGAGUAAGUCUUCCAGUUCAAGCAGAUCACUAGCUCAAAUCUGGGGUGUGGUAGAUUGAAGCCAAGUUUAAUGUAGGGCAAAAUUAAGAUGUUUAUACACAGAGAAAAGGGUACGGAAUGGAUGAGAUAUCAUUGUAAGGUAUAUCCGUCUAUGCUUCCCGCUUCUAAGUUAGCUGUCAAAUUUAUCAGCAGGGUAUGUAAAUGAUUUUCCAUAAGAAAUUCAAAAGAAAAAAAAAAUCCAAAAUUGUAGCGUAAAA